AUGGCUGUCCUGUGGCUGGGACUCCUAGGGGGGCUGCUCGCCUUUCCCCUGGGACUCUUCGUGUGGGCUGUCGUCAGACACCUGGUCACUGCGGAAAUCCCCGCCACCAUACAGCAUCCGGUCAGGCUCAGGUUUUUGCAUUGUAUGGUGCUGUACGUGUUUGCUUGGGGGAGUAUACUGGAGAAGCUGAGGAUUUGCUCCACACCCAGAUUGCUCCAGCUUUUACAGGACUUGGGGACCAUCAAGAAGGACCCCAAAUUAGUGGUGACCGACAUGCGCUUUGGGUCCAUCCCUGUGAGGCUAUACCAGCCCAAGGCCGCUUCCUGCAAAGCCCGGCGGGGCAUCAUCUUCUUCCACGGAGGGGGCGCCAUAUGUGGCAGCCUGGAUAGUUACCACAGCUUGUGCAGUUUCCUGUCCCGGGAGACAGACUCGGUGGUGCUGUCGGUGGGGUACCGCAAGCUUCCUGACUACCAUCAUCCUGUCAUUACCCAGGACUGCCUGAAUGCCUCCAUCCACUUCCUGAAGACCCUGCAAACCUAUGGGGUGGACCCCUCCCGGGUGGUGAUGUGUGGAGAAAGUGUUGGAGGUGGGGCUGCGGCUGUUGUGACGCAGGCUUUGCUCAACAGACCCAAUCUCCCCCAGCUCCGGGCUCAGGUCCUGAUUUGUCCACCCCUGCAGGCUAUCAAUUUCUUCCUGCCAUCUUUUCAGCAGCACCAAAACGUCCCAUUCCUCACUAAAGACAUAAUGAUGUUGGGUGUGUGUAAAUAUCUGGCCAUUGACCGCUCCUGGGAAGAUGCCAUAUUGAAAGGUGCUGGUAUACCCCCAGAUGCCUGGGAGAAGUACAAGAAAUGGCUCAGCUCUGAAAAUAUCCCCAAAAGAUUCAGGACUCAAGGCCUACAACCUGAGUUUCCUGGACCUUUUAAUGAGGCUGCUUAUCUAGAAACCAGACAUGUUUUAGAUAUAGAAAAUGCACCCCUCCUAGCCGAUGACAAGGUCAUCGCUCAGCUUCCCGAGGCCUUCCUGGUGAGCUAUGAGAACGACAUCCUCCGCGAUGACACCUUGCUCUAUAAGAAGCGCCUGGAAGAUCAGGGCGUCCCUGUGACCUGGUGCCAUGUGGAGGAUGGCUUUCACGGGUGCAUACUGUUAUUUGAUAAGAAGCCUUUCUGUUUCCCCUCCUCCCUGAGAGCUAUAAAUGCUGUGGUCAGUUACAUAAAUGGUAUUUGAUGGUGACUGUGGGCACUGUGUGGAUGGCCAGGGCCAAAGCUGAGACCGGUCCUGAGUUCUAUUUCACUGAAGAAGGAGACAAUGAAGCUUGGUGUGGCCCAGGAAGGAUGAGGUGCA